AUGCCGAUCGAAUUCACUGUCUUCAAGGGGGCUAAGGACGGAUCAAUUCGUCAGGAUACCACCCGUCGUGACGAUCUCAAACGAGACGAUGUUUUCGUCCGUGUCACCCAUUCUGGUGUUUGUUUUACCGAUGUUCAUUUUCUGAACUCGGACAUGGCGCUGGGGCACGAGGGAGCCGGAGUGGUGGAGGCGACCGGUCCAGACGUGAAGUUGCUAAAGAAGGGUGAUCGGGUGGGCUGGGGAUAUGAACACGACUGCUGCGGCCAUUGUCGACAGUGUUUGACUGGUUGGGAGACUCUCUGCGCCGAGCGCAAGAUGUAUGCCGUGGACGACCUUGACCAGGGCUCGUUCGCUAGCCAUGCAGUUUGGCGCGAGGCAUUCUUAUUCCAAAUUCCCGAUAGAGUCUCGAAUGAGGACGCUGGUCCCUUGAUGUGCGGCGGAUCGACGGUGUGGAAUGCGCUCCAUGUCGCUCAGGUUCGCCCGACCGCACGCGUGGGAAUCGUUGGUUUGGGUGGAUUGGGCCAUUUAGCCAUCCAGUUUGCAGCAAAGAUGGGUUGUCAAGUCAUCGUAUUCUCUGGUUCCGAUAGCAAGAAGAAAGAGGCGAUGGAACUGGGGGCGACCGAGUUCCUGGCCACCAAGGGAGCGAAGGAGCUGAAGCUUGAGAAGCCCAUUGAUAACCUGCUUGUCACCACAAGUAGCCAGCCAGAUUGGCAGCUUUACCUCAGUGUUAUGGCUCCCAACGGUGUCAUUUCCCCGCUUUCAGUGGACGCAGGUGAUCUCAAGAUCCCCUACAUGCCGUUGCUGCAGAAUGGUCUUCGAGUUCAAGGUGGCAUUGUCUCCGCGCGGCAAGUUCAUCGAGACAUGCUUGAGUUUGCUGCUGUCCAUGGUAUCAAACCAGUAAAGAUGACCUUCCCAUUGACUUUGGAAGGCGUGAAGGAUAGCCUGAAGACCUUACAAGACGGCAAAAUGCGGUAUCGCGGUGUUCUCGUCGCAGGUAAAUAG